UCACAAACCUACACCACUCUGUCGAUCGAGAGUCAGAGAGAGAGAGAGAGAGGGAUGGAAGAGGAGUCGCUUGUUAGAGGUAGUCGGAAAAGAGGCAAAGGAGCGGAUGCCUCGGUUCGUGCCGGAGCUCUUGAGCGCCUGAAAGCUCUCCGUAGCGGUGGGCGGCGUUCUGAAGGUGGAUUUCAGGUAAAGAUAGAAGAUCCGAUCUACGACACUGUUGCCGAAGAAGACUACGCCGCCCUCGUUGCCAAACGACGAGAAGAAGCUCGUGGAUUCAUCGUAGACGAUGACGGCCUCGGAUACGGCGACGAAGGCGAGGAAGAGGAUUGGUCCCAAGAUUGCUUUCCUCCCUCGUCCGAUGAAUCCGAAGGCGAACAUGAAAGACGCAAGAAGAAAAAGACGGAGAAGAAGGAUCCAGCCCCCAAGAAGCCUUCAGCCCUCUCUGCUGCCGCAGCUCUUAUGGGGAAGCAGCGUAUCUCUUCAAUGUUCACUUCUUCGGUUUUCAAAAAGAGUAGGGAGGACAAGUCGAAAGGUUUGUCCUCUGAUAGUAUCGUUGAUGAUGUCAUUGCCGAGUUCGCCCCCGAUGAAGCUGAUAGAGAGAGGCGGCGAAGGGGACAAGCGGGAAUUCUGUCGGGUGUAAGAAGUUCUGCGCCCAUUGAUCCAAUUAAGAGAGAGAAUCAACCUAUUGUUGGUACUGGCUUGGUUGCCAAGUGUGAAGUAGCUGAGGUUGCAAAUGGUGAUUCUGAGGCGCGGUUCCAAGAAAAUCUUAACUUGGUUCCAGGAAUGGCGACACCUAGUGAAUCAGAAGGUGAGAGAAGUUUUCAUUGUGAGGUGGGUUCGGAUUCAUUUCCACAAUUCCAAAAUUCUUCACCGAGAGAAAACGUGGUUGUGGAGGCGCCACCAAACAUGAGUGAAGUGAAUGUAGACCCAAUGAAGAGUACAGAAGUAUUCUCUCUUAAUGCCAAGAUUAAAGUAGAUAAAGACCCAGCAUUAAGCGCCACUGCCGGAUGGAAGGCUAUACGGAACGGAGAAAAUGGGAAUUCUGCUUCUGAAGGAGGUUUGGAUUCCAGUCCUGCUUGCGAGGAUAAAUCAGAUCUUACGUUGGAUUCAGAUGGAUCGCUGCUUUUCUACAUCAUUGAUGCCUACGAGGAGUUUUAUGGCGCCAAUUUGGGGACUGUCUAUCUCUUCGGGAAGGUUAAAACAGGAAAUACAUAUCAGAGUUGCUGUGUGGUUGUGAAGAAUAUGCAGAGAUGUGUUUAUGCAAUUCCAAACAUUUCUGUGUUCCAAAAUGAUGCAAUAUUGGGGCUUGAGAAAGAUGCUAUGGAGUCCCGGAUUUCAUCCACAAUUUUCCGAACAAAGCUGCAGGAGAUGGCGUCAGGGUUGAAGAAUGAAAUAGCAAAGAAAUUGUUAGAUCUCAAUGUGUCAAGUUUUACCAUGGCACCGGCUAAGAGGAGCUACGCCUUUGAGCGAUCUGAUAUACCUGCUGGGGAGCAAUAUGUUCUUAAGAUCAAUUACCCAUUUAAGGAUCCACCUCUUCCAUCAGAUCUCAAAGGAGAAAACUUCUCUGCCCUUCUUGGAACACACUGCAGUGCUCUGGAGCUUUUUCUAGUCAAAAGGAAAAUAAUGGGACCUUCUUGGUUAUCAAUUUCAAGGUUUUCCAACUGUCUGUCCACUCAGCGGGUAAGCUGGUGUAAGUUUGAAGUUACUGUUGAUUGCCCAAAGGAGAUACGGAUCUCAACUUCUUCAAAUAUCAAGCUGGAGAUUCCUCCAGUAAUUGUUUUGGCAUUAAAUCUGAAAACAAUUAUCAAUGAAAACCAAAAUGUAAAUGAGAUCGUUUCUGCCUCAGUCAUAUGUUGUCGCAAGACCAAGAUUGAUGCUCCAAUGUUGGCAGCAGAAUGGAAAAGACCUGGGGUACUCAGCCAUUUUACUGUUGUUCGUAAACUUGAGGGUGGCAUAUUCCCUAUGGGUUUCAUGAGAGAGGUUACUGAUAGAAAUUCAAAGGCUGGCUCAACUGUUCUGGCAGUUGAAAGCAGUGAGAGAGCCUUGUUAAAUCGUUUGAUCACUGAAAUAUACAGUUUGGAUGGUGAUGUACUUGUUGGACAUAAUAUCUCUGGGUUUGACCUUGAUGUUCUUCUUCACAGAGCUCAGGCUUGCAAAGUAGCAAGUGGCAUGUGGUCCAAAAUUGGCCGCCUCAAGCGUUCUGUGAUGCCUAAGCUUAUGAAGGGAAGUUCCACUUUUGGGUCUGGAGCAAGUCCAGGGGUUAUGUCUUGUAUUGCAGGUCGGCUCUUAUGUGAUACCUAUUUGUGCUCCCGUGACCUAUUAAAGGAGGUAAGCUAUUCUUUGACACAGCUUGCAAAGACCCAGCUGAAUAAAGAUAGGAAGGAGGUUUCUCCACAUGAUGUUUCUGCUAUGUUUCAGAAAUCAGAAUCCCUCAUGGAACUUGUUGAAUAUUGCGAGACUGAUGCUUGGCUAUCUUUGGAACUGAUGUUUCACUUGAGUGUUCUUCCCCUUACACGUCAACUGACUAAUAUUAGUGGUAAUCUUUGGGGCAAAACUCUCCAGGGUGCUAGGGCUCAGAGAGUUGAAUACCUCUUGUUGCAUAAGUUCCACUCAAAGAAAUAUAUUGUCCCUGAUAAGAUAUCUUCACGUAGACAAGAAGUGAAGUCAACAAAACGGAGAAUGACUUGUGCCGAGGGUGAAGACAUUGAUGAUUUGAAUGUCAAUGAUGCCCAUUUUGAGAAUGAGCAUCGACAUGAUGAACAAGGAAAAGGAAAAAAGGGUCCUGCCUACUCUGGUGGACUGGUUUUGGAACCAAAAAGAGGUUUAUAUGACAAGUAUAUAUUACUUCUGGAUUUCAAUAGUCUAUACCCUUCCAUCAUUCAGGAAUACAAUAUCUGCUUUACAACAGUUGAAAGAUCUUCUGAUGGAUUAGCUCCACGUUUACCCUCUUGUAAAACAACUGGAGUUUUACCUGAGUUGCUGAGAAACCUGGUUGAGAGGAGGAGAAUGGUUAAGUCCCGACUCAAGUCUGCAUCAGGUCUCAUGGUUCAACAGCUUGACAUUCAGCAGCAAGCAUUGAAGCUCACAGCCAACAGUAUGUAUGGAUGCUUGGGGUUUUCCAAUUCAAGAUUUUAUGCAAAGCCACUUGCAGAGCUUAUAACAUUACAAGGAAGGGAGAUCCUGCAGAGCACAGUUGAUCUUGUUCAGAACAAUCUGAACCUAGAGGUUAUUUAUGGAGACACAGAUUCAAUUAUGAUUUACAGUGGACUUGAUGAUAUUGCAAAAGCCAAGACAAUUGCAGGAAAAGCCAUACAAGAAGUCAACAAGAAGUAUCGGUGUUUAGAGAUUGAUCUUGAUGGGCUGUACAAGAGAAUGUUGCUUCUGAAGAAAAAGAAAUAUGCAGCUGUCAAAGUGCAAUUUAAGGAUGGGAUGCCAUAUGAGGUGAUUGAACGCAAGGGUCUUGACAUGGUUCGACGUGACUGGAGUUUAUUAUCAAAGGAAUUAGGGGAUUUCUGCCUAAGCCAAAUAUUAUCUGGCGGGUCAUGUGAAGAUGUUGUUGAAUCUAUUCAUGGAUCUCUCAUGAAGGUACAGGAGGAGAUGAGGAAUGGGGAAGUUGCACUUGAGAAAUAUGUCAUCACAAAAACAUUGACAAAACCACCAGAAGCAUAUCCAGAUGCCAAAAACCAGCCUCAUGUGCAAGUUGCACUUAGAUUGAAGCAAAGUGGUUACUCCAUUGGGUGCUCUGCUGGAGAUGCUGUUCCCUACAUUAUUUGCUGUGAGCAGGGAGCUGGUUCAAAUUCUUCUGCAGGUAUAGCUCAGAGAGCUAGGCACCCUGAUGAACUGAAAAGUGGAAAUGACAAAUGGAUGAUUGACAUUGACUAUUACUUGUCACAGCAGAUCCUUCCUGUAGUAUCACGUCUAUGUGCUUCAAUUCAGGGGACAAGCCCAGCACGUUUAGCUGAUUGUCUGGGUCUUGACUCAUCCAAGUUCCAAAGUAGAAUAAGUGAAGUUACUGGAAAGGACCCUUCAUCAUCACUUGUAUGCGUCAUGGAUGAUGAAGAAAGAUAUCAUGAAUGUGAGCCUUUGCGGUUAACAUGUCCCAUAUGCUCUGAUACUUUCGAGUGUCCUGCUGUGUCUAGUUUAAUAUGUACAUCAAGCAGUGAAAAGCCAACUGACUCACAAGAAGAAAAUAAAACUAAGAGUAGUUUUUGGAGAAGACUGAGUUGCCCGAAGUGCCCAGAUGAGGGUGAUGGAAGCCAAAUAUCUCCAGUCAUAAUAGCUAACCAGGUAAAGAGGCAGGCAGAAGGAUUUAUCUCAAUGUACUACAAGGGAUUAAUGAUGUGUGAUGAUGACACUUGCAAGUAUUUCACUCGCAGUCUAAACUUGCGGGUGGUUGGUGAUUCUGAGAGAGGAACUAUUUGUCCAAACUACCCCCGUUGCAAUGGGCGUCUUCUAAGAAAGUAUACAGAAGUGGAUCUAUACAAGCAGCUUAGCUAUUUUUGUCAUGUGUUGGAUACUACGCGGUGCAUUGACAAGUUGGAACUAACCGUGAGAAUGUCAUUUGAGAAAGACUUGGCCAAAAUCCGCCCUGCAGUUGAUUUGGCAGCAUCAAUCGUACAGAAGAUAAGGGACCGAUGUGCUUAUGGGUGGAUCCAGCUUAAGGACAUUUCUGUCACUGUCUGACGCACGAAAGGAAACUAAGAUGUUCAAACAUCUGUCUGGUCGGUUUGUUAGAGUUGUGUAUAUAUGUAUUAUGGAAUUAUAAGUAUAAAGAAAAUGGGGAUACUGUUUUUUUUCUUAAUCAUCCUGGCCAUAUCAAUUUCAAUAAAAUUUUUCCAUAACGUUGAAUGAACUUUUGCUACUUAUCUUUUUC